AGUGCACGUCGUGGUCAGGUGACGCAGCUUUUAUGUAAGCCAGCGGCGGGUCUGCGGUGAUGUUUGAAAGGGGGUUACGGUUUAACGGCCGCUCCGUGAAGCUACUGCUAUAGGGCGCGUGGGUGCUGCGCCCGUAACCCGCUUAAGCGUCUACUCCCCCCCACCUCCCCGGUUGCGAGUGCCUCGGGGCCGUGCGCAGAGCGGAGCCCGGCUACAGCCGCGCCGCGCCGUGAGGAGCGCCACACCCCCCUCUGGGAUCCGGACGGCGAGCGGGGCAGCAGGGUGGGGGCUCGCUGCAGGAUGGCGGCGGCGUCGUCGGUGGCUGUGAGCUCGGAGGGGUCCCCGGAGCCAGGGGAGAGCGGGUGGCUCCGCGGGGAGCCCGAAGGGGAGCAGGAGCGGCUGCUGCGGCGCGGGGAGCUGCUGGCCCUGGGGAACCACCUGAAGGAAGCGCUGGAGACUUACUCGGCGGCGUUGCGUCUCGGGCAGCCUGCGGGACCCCGCCGCCUCGAGACCCUUGUGGACUGUCUGGUGCUGAACUACCGUCUCCGACAGGGGCUGGACUGGAGCCGGGCCCGGGAGGAGGGAGGCGGCGCGGCCGCAGGGCCGCUGACCUGCUGCGGCUGCCGGGGCUUCCUGGGCGAGCCGGUGACCGCUCCGUGCGGGCACAGCUACUGCCGCCGCUGCCUCCGGAGGGAGCUGCGCUCCCGCUGCCGCCUGUGCCGGGACCUGCUGCUGCCGCCGGACGGGGGUGGCCCCGCCGCCCAGCUCCGGACCAGCGUCGUCCUCAGCCAGUUGGCGGAGAAGUGGUUCCCGGCCGAGUGUGAGAGGGCGCGGACCGGCAACCGGCUGGGGGAGCUGCUGAGCCAGGGGCGCUUCCGGGAGAGCCUGAGCGCCGCCAGCCAGGCCUUGCGAGCAGAUCCCAGUGACUUGAUGUUAAGAGUUUACAGAGCUGAAUCAUAUGCUGGCCUCCAAGAGUUUAAAACCGCCAUAGACGAUCUAAAUUUUAUCAUCUCUAAAAUGUCAGAUUGGCCAGAGAUUUACUUCAGGAAAGCAAAGGUGCUUCAUGAUGCUGGGUUUGUAGGUGAUGCCUUACAACUGUUCCUACAGUGCUUAUCCCUUGAUGAGGAUUUUGUUCCAGCAAAGCUAGAAGUGGAAAAGACAUUGUAUGAUUUGCUGUCACCAGAAAAUGUGAGAGAGAGUCUGAAGGAAUCUGCUUGGAGUUCACCUCAUAUUCGAAAUAAACCUUUUACACUUGGUUCUGAAAUGGAAGAGUCUGGCUGUAAUCUACAGCUUUGUCCAGAGCAGAAUUUAGGAGUGCCAGAGAUAACAGUGGAGUCUUUCAGAGGAAGCCUAAAUCGUGUACAAUCUGUCCAUGCUCUUAACUCAACAGAAAAUCUUGCUAAAGGAGAUGGAUUAAAAAGGGUUUCUUCUGAACCUCUGCUUUCUAGCCAGGAAAAAGGUGCUCUCCUAAAAAGGAAGCUUUCCCUUUCAGAACAGGAUGCAAUCGUGUGUGACGAUGGAAGAAGCAAACAUAAAAAACCAGGAGAAACUACAAAAAGGGACGUUCCACAGCACUUAAUUGAUGUGGCAGAUUUUGAGUGCUCUCUGUGUAUGAGGUUAUUUUUUGAGCCAGUGACAACCCCUUGUGGACAUACCUUCUGCAAGAAUUGUUUAGAACGCUGUUUAGACCAUGCCCCACAGUGUCCCCUAUGUAAAGAGAGCUUAAAAGAGUAUUUGGCAAUUAGGAAAUACAGUGUCACAGUACUACUGGAAGAAUUGGUGGUAAAAUAUCUGGCUGCUGAACUAUCUGAGAGAAGAAGAAUUCAUGAUGAAGAAACUGCUGAACUCUCAGACUUGACCAAGAAUGUUCCGAUGUUUGUUUGCACUAUGGCAUACCCCACUGUGCCUUGCCCUCUUCAUGUGUUUGAGCCAAGAUACCGAUUGAUGAUUCGCAGAAGUAUGGAAACUGGGACUAAACAAUUUGGGAUGUGUAUCAGUGACCCUCAAAACAAUUUUGCAGAUUAUGGUUGUAUGCUGCAAAUUAGGAAUAUUCAUUUCCUACCUGAUGGGAGGUCUGUUGUUGACACAGUUGGUGGAAAGAGAUUUAGAGUUUUACGAAGAGGGAUGAAAGAUGGCUAUUGUACUGCAGACAUCGAAUAUUUGGAAGAUAUUAAGGUUGCAGAUAAAGAAGAGCUGAAGAAACUGAGAGAACUUCAUGAUGUGGUGUACAAUCAGGCUUGUGGCUGGUUCCAAAGCUUGAGAAACAAAUUUCGCAGCCAGAUCCUUCAGCACUUUGGGCCAAUGCCCGAGAGAGAGGAAAACCUACAGGCAACACCUAAUGGACCGGCUUGGUGUUGGUGGCUUCUAGCUGUUCUCCCUGUAGACCCCAGGUAUCAGAUCUCAGUUCUCUCAAUGAUGUCUUUGAAAGAACGUCUAAUCAAAAUCCAACAUAUACUCACAUAUUUUUCUAGAGACCAGUCCAAGUGACUAACCGCCUGGAUCUUCCUGAAGAGUUACUCUUUUCUGGUUGUAAUCACAGCUGGAGUUUUUGCUGCCUUUGCACAUCUAGUGCUGGUUUGAAAAGUGUGAUGAAACUGCUUCCUCCCCUCUCCCCCCACCAACUUCCUGAACCAUCUGGUUUUUCAAAUGGACACUAUCUUCAACUAGAAGGAUAGACCACUAAAGUUGCACAUGCCAAAAUCAGUCCAGCCACAGAACAUGGAAAAACUCUACAUGAUUUGCACUAUGUAUGAGACAUGCUAAGACUUGAGAAUUUAUUGCCACUGACUUUUUUUAAAGCUGUGGGAAAUGCAAGACUUAAGGCUGACAGUCCAAGUUUACAGCAUUAAGGAUGCAUUUUUUUGCAAAUAAGAGCUUGCCUCAGAUACAACUGUCCUGUUGCUAUUUGCACAAAUAUUUGAAAUAUAGUAUUGAAUGUUGCUGUUGGAAAUUACUGCUCUUGCUGAACUGUCUUGACUAUGGCACAGAUUCUUAAUACCUUAUAAAUAUUUGCAUCACAGAACAAGUGACAUGAAUUAUGAUAUUAGAGCUGGUUUUAAGGAACAACUGCAAAAAAAAAUGAACAUGGUACUUCUGUCAAAGAUAAUUAAACUGUGAAUAUGGCUUAUGUACCUAUAACUGUACACGUUUAAAGGGAAAAUUGAAAACAAAUGUUUAAUACCAGUUACAAUUUUAUUGGGCUUUAUAAACUGGUGGUCCUUAAGCACUUAAGUAGUUUAUAGAGCUUUAGUACAAUAUGCUAGGAAUUGUGCAUUCAGAUUUUUUUUUGAAAAAACAAGCUUAAAGGAUGACUUCAAAAAAAGUUUAUAAAUUGUUUGCUGCCUCUAUGCCUUAUUCAUAUUAAUAGUAGAGCCCACUGCAGUGUUAAGUUUUAGAAUUCAUGCUGCCAACUGGUACUUUAAUUUCCGUUGGUUGCAGAUCCAUGAAUAUCUGACACAUUAGCUUUCUUGUAUGUAAAUCAUUUGUAAAAUAUUUCUUACAAAUCUUGUUUUUGCUAAUAUAUUUAAUUUUCAAGAAAA